AAACACACUACAUCAAGACAAGUGAAGAUGGCGGAUGUGUUGAGUGUUCUCCGUCAGUAUAACAUCCAGAAAAAAGUAAUCGUCGCUAAAGGAGAUGAAGUUAUUUUCGGGGAGUUCUCCUGGCCGAAAAAUGUCAAGACCAACUACAUAAUCUGGGGUACUGGUAAAGAGGGCCAGCCCAAAGAGUACUAUACUUUGGACUCUAUCUUGUUUUUGCUCAACAAUGUGCAUCUCCCGCAUCCCUCCUAUGUCCGAAGAGCUGCAACAGAGAACAUCCCUGUUGUCAGACGACCUGAUCGAAAAGGCUUGCUGUCAUAUCUCAAUGGAGAGAGUUCUACAUCGACAAGUAUUGACAGAAGUGCGCCUAUAGAAAUAGGUUUGCAAAGGCCAACGCAAGUCAAACGAGCAGCUGAUGAGGUAUCUUCGGAAACCAAAAAACCAAGGAUUGAGGAUGAAGAGCGAGUGCGUCUGGAUAAGGAGCGCCUGGCCGCCCGUCUGGAGGGCCACAAAGAGGGCAUCGUGCAGACUGACCAGAUCAGAUCACUGUCUGAGGCCAUGUCUGUGGAGAAAAUCGCCGCCAUCAAAGCCAAGAUUAUGGCCAAGAAACGUUCCACCAUCAAAACAGAUCUGGACGAUGACAUCACCCUGAAGCAGAGGAGCUUCGUGGACGCAGAAGUGGAUGUGACCAGAGACAUUGUCAGCAGAGAGAGGGUGUGGAGGACCAGGACCACCAUCCUGCAGAGCUCCGGGAAGAACUUCUCCAAGAACAUCUUCGCCAUCCUUCAGUCGGUGAAAGCCAGAGAAGAAGGGCGCGCCCCCGAGCAGAGGCCCGCACAGAACACUACUCAAGUGGACCCGUCCCUAAGGAACAAGCAGCCUGUCCCUGCCGCCUACAACAGAUACGAUCAGGAGCGAUUCAAAGGAAAAGAGGAAACGGAGGGUUUCAAAAUUGAUACCAUGGGCACCUACCACGGCAUGACCCUGAAGUCAGUGACGGAAGGAGCAUCUGCCCGGAAGGCCCAGACUCCAGCGCUUCAGCCGGUCCCGCGUCCAGUUUCACAAGCCAGACCUCCACCGAAUCAAAAGAAAGGGUCCCGGACCCCCAUUGUCAUCAUCCCUGCCGCCACCACCUCACUCAUCACAAUGCUCAAUGCUAAGGAGCUCCUGCAGGAUCUGAAGUUUGUCACGCCGGAAGAGAAGAAGAAGCAGGGCAUCCAGCGUGAUAAUGAGGUUCUCCUGCAGAGACGCAAAGACCAGAUCCAGCCGGGGGGGGCGACUGUGAGCGUCACCGUGCCGUACCGAAUCAUCGACCAGCCGCUCAAAUUGGCUCCACAGGACUGGGAUCGAGUGGUGGCCGUGUUUGUGCAGGGUCCUGCCUGGCAGUUCAAAGGCUGGCCGUGGCUGCUGCCUGAUGGAUCUCCUGUUGACAUUUUUGCCAAAAUUCGAGCCUUUCAUCUGAAGUACGACGAGGCGAAGAUCGACCCCAACGUGCAGAAGUGGGAUGUGUCCGUCCUGGAGCUGAGCCGCCACCGGCGCCAUCUGGACCGACCCGUGUUCCUGCACUUCUGGGAAACCGUCGACAGAUACCUGGUCAAACACAAAGCUCACCUCCGGUUCUGAGCCCAGAUCACUGCGUCCAUCCCCGGAAAAAAUACUAUGACCUCCUCCAACCCUCCUCGGUCCAACUUUGCCAUCCCAUUAUCCAUUUUGAUUCUCAUCUCGUGGACUUCCUCCUUUACUUCCUCGAGGACUACUUUUCUCUGGACACCUGCGGGGAGAUUUAGGGAAUUUUCUGUUUUUGGUUGUAAUUAUUUCCUAAUGCUUUCAUGUAGAGAAAUACCAAAAUAUGUUUUAUAUGAAAAAAAUACUGUGGAAAUGAUUAAGAUGCGAUACCUAGCAACAUAAUGGGGUCGGAGGGAGAGGAGGUUUCAUUUUGUCAACAGUAAAGAGGACUGUUAAGGUCAAAAUGACUCUUGGUACAAACAAAGCAGCCACUGAGUUUGAGGAAAGUGACUUCCUUUACACUUUUUUCUUUUGGGUUUCUUUGGUCUGAAUGUACAUAUAUGAUAUGAUAUGAUGAUAGCUGUCAGAUCACAGCUCUGAGCGGAGAGAAGGAUGCCAGUGAUUUGUUAAUACGACUAUUAUCACGUCAGUCUGUUCCUAGCUCAGUUUUUGACUGAUCAGCAUUUCUCUGGGUCAUGUAAUGGCCUUGUUAAAGUCUUCUUUUUCUUCUUUGUUGGUGUUGUGCUAGAAGAGAAAUAUGAUGGAAAGUAUUGCUUUAAGUCGUCACAUGAAAAUAGACAAUAAAGCCUCAGAAAAACUAA